CACCUCCCCCCAAGCGCAGCGCUUCGCUAACCGCCUCCGGGCAGAACGGAGUGGAAGAAAGCAACUGGCGGUGGGCGGUGGGGAGUGAUCUCGCGAGACCUUCGGGCGUCCCUAGCAACCGCGCGAGCGGCGGGGGAGCGGGCGGCGAUGGACACGGAGGCGGCGGCCGGAGCGGAGGGGCCCUUCUGCCUGCAGCAGGUUACCAUAACAGAAGACUCUGAAGAUGAUUAUCAAUAUGAAGAGGUUCCAGCAGAUGAUAAAUUUAGCCUCCUAGAAGGUGAUGAAGAUCUGACAAAAGCUUUACAGACCAUACAGGAGCAAUCUGAGGAUGCACAAAUUAUAGCUCAGCAAUUGGUUCUGACUUCUAAGCAUUCGGUAUCUGAAAUCCCGGAAGCUGUGGAUGACUUUCUUUGCAAUUUCCUAAUCAGAAUGGGGAUGGCUAGAACCCUUGACUGCUUCCAAACUGAAAGGUAUGAACUAAUGCAGAAAGGUGUUUUGGAACCCAAAGAUAUUGGAUUUGUUCCAGACAUAUACACCCACAACCAGCAUUUGGAAACUGAGAACAAGAGUUUGAAAAAGGACCUGGAAAACUAUAAAAUUGCUGCUAGCAAAGCAAAGGAGGCUCUGCUAAAAAUACAGAAAGAACGUGAUUUCCAUCGAAUGCACCAUAAACGAGUGGUUCAGGAGAAAAACAGGCUCAUUAGCGAUAUUAAAAGACUGAAGACGCAUUAUGCAUCAUACGAGCCAAUGUUAAGACAGCUGACUGAAAAAUACCAGGCUGUAUUGAGACAGAAAAUGCUAACCAGUUUGGAAAGAGACAGAGCAAUUGGGCAGGUUACAGGCUUACAAGCUACAUUACAAAAUUUAGAAUCUGGGCGUGCCAUUGAGGUCCCUGUGACCAGAGCAGGUCACAAGUGUAAGAUGAAUGAUGGGUUACAGGGUCCCACCCAGAAAACUGUUCAAGAAGCCAGGGAACAAAGAAUUGCAUAUACUGGAGUUGCACCAUAUGAUCCAGCCAAAGAUCCAAGAAAGCAAUUGGGCAAGAGAUAUCCAAAGGACUCAGAGUUCCCUGUAGAUACUCAAGUGAACCCAAACCUUGCUCGGGUCAAAGAAUGUACACGACCAUUGAAACCUGGAUUAUACAAGCUGAGCAACACUUUAAGAGUGCAUGAUCUAGCAGUGAGCUGUCUUGCUUUGCAUCCUCGGAAAGACGUCGUAGUUACUGCGAGUGAUGACCGCCUCUGGAAGAUGUGGGCCUUCCCUAAUGGGAACAUCAUUGUGACAGGUGAAGGUCACACUGAUUGGCUUUCUGGUUGCUGCUUUCAUCCAAGUGGCACCAAAUUGGUCACUUCAAGUGGAGACACUACAGUACGGAUAUGGGACUUCUCAAAGGGUGAAUGCAUCCUGACUUUGGAAGGGCAUGCCAGUGCCGUCUGGGGCUGCUCAUGGCACUCCUGUGGAGAUUUUGUGGCUUCUGCCUCCAUGGACAACACUAGCAAAAUAUGGGACAUUAACAGUGAGAGAUGCAGAUACACCAUGCGUGGCCAUAAGGAUUCAGUUAACAGCAUAGAGUUUCUACCAUUCUCCAACACCAUUCUCACCUGCUCUGCUGACAAGACCCUGUCACUUUGGGAUGCCAGGAUGGGUCUUUGUGCUCAUACUUUUUAUGGUCAUCUGCAUUCCUGCAAUCAUGCCACAUUCAACAUGAGAGGUGACACUAUUGUUUCCUGUGACUCCUAUGGUGUGAUGAAGCUGUGGGAUGUUCGGAAGGUAUCACCAAUGGUAUCUAUAGAUGCAGGACCCCAUCCUGGCAACCAGGUGGCCUUUGACCCUUCUGGAUUCCUGGCACAUUUAGUUCCCAGGAUGGAUUCACUGCAUUGGUUGCUAUUCAGUAUUUUCUCUUAUUUUCAGAAUUCAGUGUACAUCCUUAUGCAUUAUUUACUGCACACCAUCAAAACCCUUUAUUGAAUGCAGAUUCAUUCCUGAGGGGCUUUUCCACGAUGCCACAUUGUAGCUCCAUAGAUCUUUACAGGCACUAAGGAGAUGAUUUCAGUUACUUAUUAUUCUCAUUUUAUACAUGAGGAACUGAAGGCCUGAGAUUAAAUCCAAAAUUGUAAAAAAUGUGAACUGAUACUGAGUAUUCAAUCUGAGACUGGAUUCUUUUGGCUUAGCAUUUUAUAUCAGUUUAAAAAGAGCAAACCACCACUCACAAUUUCAGUAUCCUCCAUCUGUCCCCAUCUUCUGCUUCUAUUCUUCGUCUUUGUUUUCCUGCUCUUGCUCUUUUCCCUUUGAUGUGAUGUGCAUUUUGCAUUCCACCCAUUUACCAUGUUGUGCAUUUGAGUCAGGCAGUUUUCACCUCAUUCUUCCCAUUGCCUGGGAACCAGAGGCUUUAACUAGCUAGUGCAGCGCCUGUGUGGUUUAGGAUUUUUCACAGGUUUAUAAUCUGGUGAAAUGUGGGUGAUUUUUUUUUUUAAGUAGAAUGGCGAAGGCACAUCCUGAAUAUGUCAAAUUUCAAGUCAAUGUCUCAAAGCCCAGAGGUGAUAAAAUUUCUCAGCAAAAUGGUUGCAAUAAUUUAAUAUAAAUUGGGCAAAUCCCUAGUUUCAUUUUGAGGAAUAGUUGAGACUCUCCAGAAAAACUUCAGCCCUAGGGAGGCAUUUAUCAAGGAAAAUUUCUGUCUAAACCAUUUAAAUUUGGAAAAACUAUACAAUUUAAAAUAGGUUCAUUCUUAUAAUGAAAAGCAGUAGAAAACCUUAACUGCAGGGAAUUAUUGAACCAUUUAUAAUAAUUUAUUAGCAAAUUGAAAGUAAAUAGCAUUCUAAUUCCAUGCUUCUUGUCCUCAUAUUCUACACAAUCUCAAGUGAAACAACAUAGGAGUUUGCUUGUGGUCAUUUUUAAUUAAAUGAAAAGGUGUCAAAGAAAAAUUGAAGAGAGUCAUUUUCUGAAAUCUGUAAGGUUGAGUUCAUAAAUGGGAUAGUGCUUUAUUGGAAGUCAGAGUUUGAUUUUAAAAAGAAAAUAAAAGCAUGUUGAGCAGACUUUCCACAGAACAAUGUAUGCAUUUUUUAAAGGAAUAUUUAUUCUUUGAAAAUCAAAUAAGUAGAUUAUGUCAUUCUAGCACUUACUAUUUGAAAUACAAAUAUAAUCUUCAGAUCUAAAGUGUGCAUUUUAGAAUUACCUGAAUGUUUCUCACUCUUUCCUAGUCAAGGGCCCUCAAAGGCAUAAAUGGGAUAGCUUAAUGUGCAACCCACGCAAUAAUGCCUCCUGCUCUGCCAUACAUACAUGGCAGGAGUCAUGCUUGUGGGAUUGCAAAUCAGAACCCACCACGCCUUAUUCCCAGUGCAGAGGGAGCCCAAUCCUGGGUUGCCUCUGUACCAGUAAAAAGCAAGUUCAGACACCUGGGAGCCCCCUCAGCUGACACCACACACCCUCAGGGACCAUAGUAGCUGUGGUUUUCCAGAUGUGGGGGCACAAGCUUUAUGUGCAAAUUAAAGCUGGAUAGAAAUCAGCUGUAAAGGUAUUGCACAUUUUCCAGCAAUAAUUUGAAAGCUGAUCAGACCUUUUUAAAGCACUGUAGUUAAUUUGCACAGAUAGCCUGUCUAAAUUAAUUGCACAAUUAACCAAGCAAUUGUGUAAUACAUGUAACACGUAGAAGUAGCCUGAGAGCUACACUAGUAUUGCCACCAAAAGGAAUAAAAGCUCACCUUACAUCCCCGUUCUCAGGCUACUCAGGCCUUGGGCUACUUUACCUGCUUAUUUCUUCAAUGGGAAAGGAUGGAAGGUACGAGUGGGCAUAUCUACAUGAGACGCAUUAAUGCACAUUAAUCUAAUUUAAUGUGCAUUACGGGUGCGUGUCUACACAUGUGUGCCUUUAAUGCACAUUAAAAAUGGUGAAAUUUGGCUAAUUGUGCCUACAUUUGAUACCUGCAUUUGCAGGUAUCAAAUGUAGGCACAAUUAGUUAAAGCACAUUUUAAUGCACAUGCAGAUGCAACACGGCACUAACUUUAGUGUUGGGUAUGCCCAACCACUAGGAACACAUGGCAGUAGGGCUGUGCAAAGCUUUGGGUACUGAUUCGAUUCAGAGGAGAUUCUGCCUGAUUUGGUGCUGAUUCUCCAA